AUGGGGGAAUGGACUAUUCUAGAGAGGCUACUGGAAGCUGCCGUGCAGCAGCACUCUACUAUGAUAGGGAGGAUCCUGCUGACCGUGGUGGUGAUCUUCAGGAUCCUCAUUGUGGCCAUUGUAGGGGAGACGGUGUACGAUGACGAGCAGACUAUGUUUGUCUGUAAUACGCUGCAGCCAGGCUGCAAUCAGGCUUGUUACGACCAGGCUUUCCCUAUUUCUCACAUAAGGUACUGGGUGUUCCAGAUCAUCAUGGUGUGCACUCCCAGCCUGUGCUUCAUAACGUACUCUGUUCACCAGUCUGCUAAGCAGAGGGAACGGAGGUACUCCACUGUCUUCCUCACCUUGGAGAGAGACCAGGAUUCAAUGAAGCGUGAGGAUAGUAAGAAAAUCAAGAACACAAUUGUCAAUGGGGUGCUGCAGAACACUGAGAACUCCACCAAAGAGGCAGAACCAGACUGCUUAGAAGUGAAAGAGAUCCCCAAUCCUGCAAUCAGAACUACAAAAUCAAAGAUGAGGAGGCAAGAAGGCAUUUCUCGAUUUUACAUCAUCCAAGUGGUCUUUCGAAAUGCCCUAGAGAUUGGAUUCUUAGUGGGGCAGUAUUUUCUGUAUGGAUUCAAUGUCCCUUCCAUGUACGAAUGUGACAGAUACCCUUGCAUUAAAGAAGUAGAGUGCUAUGUCUCUAGACCCACUGAGAAGACUGUGUUCUUGGUAUUCAUGUUUGCUGUCAGUGGCAUUUGUGUGGUGCUCAAUUUGGCAGAACUGAACCACUUGGGCUGGAGAAAGAUCAAAAUGGCAGUGAGAGGAGUACAGGCAAAAAGGAAAUCCAUAUAUGAAAUCAGAAAUAAGGAUCUGCCAAGAAUGAGCAUGCCUAACUUUGGCAGGACUCAGUCAAGUGACUCAGCUUAUGUGUGA